UUUCUUUUGAUGGUUGACUCCCAAACAAAAGAAAAAGGUUUGGAUUUGAAGAGAGACAGAGAAAAAGAAGAGAAGGAACGGAUUUAGAGAGAGAAACAGAAGUCUCUGUGAAAGAGCUUUGACUCUCUCUCUCUGCAAAUCCAUGGCGUAUUCACACCUUCAAUUUGUCCUUUCACAUCCUUGACCUUCAACCCCAAAUUAUUAAUUUCUAGAAUUAGGUUAGGCUCUUUCAUCUCCAAAUCUCAUCUGGGUAUCCUGCAAAAUCUCUUCUCAAUUCCCUGGAAUUCCCAAAAAUCGUUAUAAAAAAAAAACAAAAAAAAAACAGAGGAUUUCGAUUUAUUGACCUUUCUGCUCAAUUGGGUCCUCUUGAAAUCUGAAGAAAAUACUGGAAAUUCUGAAAUAUUUGAGGCUCUGAUUCAUGGGAAAUUGCUGCGUAACUCUUGGCACACCUGGCCAGAACAAGCAGAAGAAAAACAAGAAGAAACCCAAUCCCUUCGCUACAGAUUUUGGUGGCAUUAAUGGAAAAGAUGGUGAGGGCAAGCUAUGGGUCUUGAAAGAACCGACAGGUCGAGACAUUUCGGUCCAAUACGAUCUGGGUCGCGAGCUCGGCCGAGGUGAAUUCGGAAUCACAUAUCUUUGCACAGAAGCUUCCUCGGGUGAAAAAUUCGCCUGCAAAUCGAUAUCGAAGAAGAAGCUGAGGACCGCUGUGGAUAUUGAAGACGUGCGGAGAGAAGUUGAGAUAAUGAGGCAUUUGCCUCCGCACCCAAAUAUUGUCACAUUGAAGGACACCUAUGAGGAUGAAGAAGCGGUUCACAUUGUCAUGGAGUUGUGUGAGGGUGGCGAAUUAUUCGACCGCAUUGUUGCUAGGGGUCAUUACACCGAACGUGCUGCCGCAAGCGUAAUGAGGACCAUUGUUGAAGUUGUUCAGAUGUGUCAUAAACAUGGAGUAAUGCAUCGUGAUCUCAAACCAGAGAACUUUCUAUUUGCAAAUAAGAAGGAAACAGCCCCUUUGAAAGCAAUUGAUUUUGGAUUAUCUGUGUUCUUUAAACCUGAUGAGCAAUUUAAUGAGAUAGUUGGAAGUCCAUAUUACAUGGCUCCAGAGGUUCUGAAGCGCAAUUAUGGACCCGAGGUUGACAUCUGGAGUGCUGGAGUUAUCCUGUAUAUUUUACUUUGUGGUGUUCCACCUUUCUGGGCAGAAACUGAACAAGGGGUAGCACAAGCAAUUAUUCGAUCUGUCAUUGAUUUCAAGAGGGAUCCUUGGCCAAGAGUUUCUGAUAAUGCGAAGGACCUGGUGAAGAAAAUGCUUGAUCCUGAUCCAAAAAAGCGGCUGACUGCCCAGGAAGUGCUUGAUCAUCCUUGGAUACAAAAUGCCAAGAAGGCCCCAAAUGUCCCACUUGGUGAGACUGUGAGAGCAAGGCUGAAACAAUUUUCCAUAAUGAACAAGCUGAAGAAAAGAGCCCUUGGGGUUAUAGCCGAGCAUUUGUCAGUUGAGGAAGUAGCUGGCAUAAAAGAGGCAUUUCAAAUGAUGGACACUGGCAACAAGGGCAAAGUAACCAUAGAAGAGCUUCGAAGUGGUAUACAACAGCUUGGGCAGCAGAUUCCUGAUCCAGAUCUUCAAAUACUAAUGGAAGCUGCUGAUGUUGAUGGCGAUGGAGCUCUGAACUACGGAGAGUUUGUUGCGGUUACAGUUCACCUUAAAAGGAUGGCCAAUGAUGAUCACCUACAUAAAGCUUUCGCAUUCUUCGAUCAAAACCAAAGUGGUUUCAUAGAAAUUGAAGAAUUGCGAAAUGCUUUAAAUGAUGAUGUUGAUGCAGGUGGUGAGGAAGUCAUCCAUGCGAUUAUGCAUGAUGUGGACACAGACAAGGAUGGGCGCAUAAGUUACGAGGAGUUUGCUGCUAUGAUGAAGGCUGGUACAGAUUGGAGAAAAGCAUCCAGGCAAUAUUCACGGGAAAGAUUUAACAGCAUAAGCUUGAAGUUGAUGAGGGAAGGGUCUUUACAGUUAGCCACUGAGGGUAGAUGAACCAACAUUCUUUUGUUCUUUUUUACUUUUUUACUUUUUUGAACCAAUAUUUAUUUGAAAUUAAAUUAUGUUUAAAAAGUUAAAAAUUCCUUUCUUUGUUGGCGGGCUUAUGAAUUCUCUUCUGUUUCCCCAUUCUUUUUCCUUUUUCUUAAGAAAACUUGUAAUGUGGAGAGGAUCAGAGUGAGGGUCUUAGCGUCUUUUUCAAUAGCUAGGAUUAGGAUUUUUCUUUUUCUUGAGGUAAUUGCAGGAAAAAGGAAAAAUUAGUUAUAGAGGGAAGUUGGUGAAACUUAUUGUCAACCUCAAAUUCAAUAGGUGGUUGUAAAGAUGUGAAUUAAGGCUUUUCCACUAAAAGGAUUGUCUGAAGUC